AUGGGAUCAAAAGAAACAACUAUUUGCAUCGCACUGUGUCUUAAGAUGAUUAGGACUUGGAUUGCGUUUUUAGCUAUUAUAGCAACUUGCUUGGCUGAUUUUCAAAGAGUGCCACUGUACCGCAUUCAGUCAGUCCGCAAGCAAUUGCAUGAGGUGGGCACAGAGUUACAUGUAACGCGCGUCAAAUAUGCCGCGCGGGGUCCUGCUCCAGAGCCUCUGUCUAACUACUUGGAUGUAAGCGCAAACUAUGGACCUAUUUCGAUCGGCAACCCACCCCAGACCUUUAAGGUCGUCUUCGACACGGGCUCCUCCAACCUUUGGGUGCCAUCUAAAAAGUGUCACUACACUAACAUCGCCUGUUUGCUCCACAACAAGUAUGACAGCAGCAAGUCGAAGAGCUACGUGAAGAACGGCACCGAGUUCGCCAUCCAGUACGGGUCGGGGUCGUUGUCCGGGUUCCUAUCGACGGACGACGUGUCGGUGGGCGGUCUGACGGUGCGCCGCCAGACGUUCGCCGAGGCCAUGUCGGAGCCAGGGCUAGCCUUCGUCGCCGCUAAGUUCGAUGGCAUCCUCGGCAUGGCAUUCUCCAGCAUUGCCGUAGACGGCGUGACGCCCGUCUUUGACAACAUGGUGGCGCAAGGGCUCGUGGCUCCCAUCUUCUCCUUCUACCUGAACCGCGACGCGAGCGCGACGCAGGGCGGCGAGAUCAUUCUCGGCGGAUCUGACCCGGCGCACUACUCGGGCGGGUUCACACGCGUGCCAUUGACGCGUGCCACCUACUGGCAAUUCCAGAUGGACGGACUCGAGGGCGGGAACGUGUCUCUGUGCAGCGGGGGCUGCCAGGCCAUCGCUGACACGGGCACCUCGUUGAUUGCCGGCCCGGCUCGCGAUGUGGAGGCCCUCAACCGAGCGCUCGGAGCCACGCCAAUUGCCUUCGGCCAGUUCGCCGUGGACUGCUCGCUCCUAUCAAGCUUACCACCAGUCACGCUCUCCAUUGCCGGCGCUCGCUUCCUGCUUCAGCCUACGGACUAUAUCCUACGAGUGUCCCAAUUCGGCAAGACGGUGUGCCUUUCGGGCUUCAUGGGACUGGACAUCCCGCCACCCAAUGGACCGUUAUGGAUCUUGGGCGACGUGUUCAUCGGCCGCUAUUACACCGAAUUCGACAUGCAAAACAAAACCAUUGGCUUUGCACAGGCCAAGUAAUGGCCUAAAUAUAUAAAAAAUUGUUAGUUAGUACACAUGAGGCUCUAUUUUCAAUGCUAAAGAUAUAGUAUAGAAACUGUAACUUUUCAUGUGACAUUUUAUUCAGCGUUCUCGUAUAUUAAUAAAUUUUAGAUUUGAAUCUCUGUGAGUUUGUCAAGCAUGUGACGUUCAUAAGAAGUGCAAUUCGCUUGUCUUUCUGAAAAUAAAUAUCUGUUUAGUUAGUAAAACUUUUUAUUAAAUGUUAAAACAGUUAA